AUGGGCAGCAAGGAAGAUGUGGGGAAGGGAUGUCCGGCGGCCGGUGGCGUCUCCAGCUUCACCAUCCAGUCCAUCCUGGGCGGGGGCCCCUCCGAGGCACCGCGGGAGCCCGCCGGGUGGCCAGCCAGGAAACGCAGCCUGUCUGUGUCCUCGGAGGAGGAGGAGCCGGAGGAAGGCUGGAAGGCUCCGGCUUGCUACUGCCCAGAUCCGCACGGCCCCAAGGAGCCAAGCCCUAAGCACCAUCCCCCCAUCCCUUUCCCUUGCCUGGGUACCCCCAAGGGCAGCGGAGGUGCAGGGCCUGCGGCCUCGGAGCGCACGCCUUUCCUUUCUCCUUCACACCCGGACUUUAAGGAAGAGAAGGAGAGGCUCUUGCCCGCAGGCUCGCCUUCUCCGGGCCCGGAGCGGCCACGGGACGGCGGUGCAGAGCGCCAAGCCGGAGCGGCCAAGAAGAAGACGCGCACCGUCUUCUCCCGCAGCCAAGUGUACCAGCUCGAGUCCACCUUCGACAUGAAACGCUACCUUAGCAGCUCGGAGCGCGCUUGCCUCGCCUCCAGCCUGCAGCUCACUGAGACCCAGGUUAAGACUUGGUUCCAGAAUCGCCGCAACAAGUGGAAGCGGCAGCUUUCCGCCGAGCUAGAGGCGGCCAACAUGGCACACGCGUCGGCGCAGACUCUCGUGGGCAUGCCGUUGGUGUUUCGGGACAGUUCGCUACUGCGAGUGCCGGUGCCACGCUCUCUCGCCUUUCCGGCUCCGCUCUAUUACCCCAGCAGCAAUCUCUCGGCCUUACCGCUCUACAACCUGUACAACAAGCUUGACUACUGACACGCCCGCUGGCUCCCGGGGCGCCUCUGGUCGCCUGCAGUCGCCUGCAGAGUCCGGCGCGGUCGGUAUCCUUACUGGGUCUCCGGAGCAGAGCGGCGCGUGUCCAGAAAUAUUAAGAAAUACACCAUGUGUAUUCGUUAUGUCUUAUUUAUGGCCUCUUCCCUACUUUUUGGGUUUUUUUGUUUUGUUUUGAGUAUUUAUCCGCAUUCCUCACGCCAGAGCACCUGCUUUCUACACAAAACCAA